GAUCAGGUGUGUAACCAUGGAGACGCGCUCGCUGUGAGGAGGCUGGAUCAGAAGCGCGCCGCUCGCUCGUCAGUUGCUCUGUCGCGCUCUUCUGUGGAUGCAAGACCCGUCCAGACACUGGCACGCGAACAUAAAACAAACCCAAACAAUGACAUUAUCUGCAACGACACGACAGAAACACACCAUUAUCUGACUGACUGAAACUGACUGAAACGAUCCCGUGCCUCUCUCUGCUCGCUGCUUUGCCGCCUCAGUCCAGCCCUGUGCCUAUAGGCUUGUGUGGGACCAUGAUGCUCAGCAGCUCAGUGGAUGUACCCAGCCCAGGGGGGAUGAGUGCAGUGGCAGCCCGCAACGUGGUUCGCAGUUCCAGCAUAAGUGGGGCCAUGUACAGCUUGGAGAAAAGCCCCAGCAGCACGGGGCCUGAUGCCACAGGCCUGGUCGGAAACAAGAAACGUCGCUCCAGCCUGGGAGCCAAGAUGGUGGCUAUCGUGGGUCUGUCACAGUGGAGCAAGAGCACACUGCAGCUUAACCAGCAAGAUGGUGGAACAAAGAAGCUACGCAGCACCAUCCGGCGGAGCACAGAGACGGGUAUCGCCGUGGAGAUGAGGAACCGUGUCACACGGCAGGGCAGUAAGGAUUCAACAGAUGGCAGCACCAACAGCAACAGCUCUGAUGGAACGUUCAUCUUCCCCACCACUCGCCUGGGCCCUGAGAGCCAAUUCAGUGACUUCCUGGAUGGCCUUGGCCCCGCCCAGAUAGUGGGACGUCAGACAUUAGCCACACCGCCAAUGGGUGAUGUUUACAUUAGUGUGGUGGAUAGAGGGGGUCAAAUAGAGGUCGAGAUCACGCAGGCCCGAGGUCUGACCCCUAAACCUGGCUCAAAGACCAUUCCAGCAACAUAUAUAAAGGUUUAUGUCCUGGAGAAUGGAAUGUGUCUCGCUAAGAAGAAAACCAAAGUGGUGAAGAAAACCCUGGAUCCAACCUUCCAGCAAUCCCUGAUGUUCGACGAGACCCCUCAGGGGAAAGUGCUACAGGUGAUCGUGUGGGGUGAUUACGGCCGCAUGGACAGCAAGUGUUUCAUGGGAAUGGCUCAGAUCCUCCUGGAUGAUCUCGAUCUGUCGUCAAUGGUGGGCGGCUGGUACAAGCUCUUCCCCACCUCCUCUCUGGCGGACCCCAGCAUCGGCCCUCUGACACGCCGACUCUCCCAGUCCUCACUCGAGAGCGCCACCAGCCCCUCGUGCACCUAGACACAUCCACGUCUCCGUCUAAAUAUGCCUGUGUUCUCUAUCUCUACGUGUGUAUCUUCAUUCAGUAUACCCCGCCACGACCCCAAAAGCAUGAACACACACAGCCAACUCGCCCGGGGCUGGAAUGCUCCUCUUUACUGAUACAGAUAUUAAGAGUUGGAUACAAAUCAGGCAUGACACAUUUAACACAUACACCCUCACAGAUGGAUAUGGGUGUAACCAGCAACAUGCGGUUGUAUGGGCGUCCGGAAUCGGUCAUGGCUAGUUACAUGCAGAUCCAUUGUUUGCAGGUCAAUCAAUAGGGGCAUUUAAUAAAUCUGCUGAGAAAUGUUCCUGACAAUGUAGCAUUUGUGUUGACGUCAUGUCACACGGGAAGCAGAAUGGGUUCUACUCGCUGUUCCAGACCCUCAAGGGUCAAUCAUUUCUCUAUGCCAAACCCGAAGUUUUAUUUUUUAAAAACCAAAGCAAUUCUUAUUAUCUGUAGUGUUAUAUUAUAGAGUAUGGAUAUGUAGCAGAGUCAAUGACUUAGAUGAGAUGCAAAAAAACAAAGACGUGUUAGAAAAACUCACUAGACUACAUACACUAUUAAACUUUUAAAGGGCAGGGCUUUACUCCACAGGUCAGGUUAUUUAUUAGAAAUGCACACGAUUCCUGUCGCAUAAAGUAGCGUAUUCUUUUUUUUUCUUUUUCGGAGAGCUCAAUAAAUAAAUAUAUAGAUCGAUAUUUGUGUUUAUGUAUUAAUCGACUGCAUUCUGCACGUUAACUCGCAACCCUUGUUGAGCAAAAUAUGUAAAGUGCUAUUUUAAGCUUGCCUUUAAAAUUAUGUAGACUUAUAGAUGGUAGGUUAUUUAUUUUGCUAAUGUUUUAAUCUCACUUUUUGUCUGAACAACACAAUCUGCACCGAGCUGCAGACAUAGUCAGAGGGAAUCGAACCCUCUGAAGGAGAACCAACUGUCCUGUUAAACCAGCAACCCUCAUACACAGCUGCUGCAUUGUGGGAUAUGCCGAACGUCGUCCGCAGGCAAGCAAGAAAACUUUUCUUGUAGCGAGUAGCGAAGAUUUCUGGGAAGCUGGAGCCGCAUUAUACUUUACCGCCUCAAGUAGUUUUGGGUUUCUUUCUACCAGCAUAUGGAUCUGAACUGUUAAAGGUCUUUUCCAUUUCCUGUUAAACUCAGGAGGUCACGCUGAACAAAAACCACAUACACGUCAAUAUGAGGACUGGUGAUGGAGUCGCUCGCUCAACAGGAUUUUGAAGCCCAGAACAAAUGGUAUUCUGUAAACUCCUGGACACUUUUCUUUUUGUCUUUGAACUUUGCCAUUGUGACUAUUCCUGUCCAAUCAGCAGUCUUCUUUAGCUUCGACUCUGAAGCUGAGUGGCUUUAGAUGGCUUCUUCAGUCAGUCUUUGGUGUUACGGAAACUCGUGGAAAGAAAGCAGCACUGUAGGUAAAAUACAAAGUGUUCAUCCCACUCCUGUCAACCUCCUCUGCACAUCUAGAUUUGUUUUCAUAGUUCUUCUGAAUAUAUCAGAUUGGAAGAAGGUACCUUACAUAUCGUAGGAUCUCUGUACCAGUUCAUCACAUUCAGUUUUUCAGUCACAUCAUCUGCAGAGAUGAUGGUAACACAUAUAAUAUGAUUCACAUGUGACAGUAUCAAUAAGAACCAGAAUAUUAUUCAUUUCUAAGUUCCCAUAUGGAUCAUUAGCCAAAUCAUUAAAGGAUUAGUUCACUUUUAAAUACACUUUUCCUGAUAAUUUACUCACCCCCAUGUCAUCCAAGAUGUCCAUGUCUUUCUUUCU